AAACAGAAGCUCAUAACCUAAGCGAAUGAUAUGGGCUCCAUCAAUGAAGCCGAGAAUGCCACUGAACUUGAAGCUCUGUGCAAGCAAGAUUCUUCAUGGUACCCCUGCCAUGUCUCUCUCAGCUCUACUGAAGACAGCCUAAUUGUCGACUUUGGGAGGCAGGAGUUAGAAGAUAUGGUGUUGAACAAGGAUGAAGCACUUAUGCGUCUUCGUUUUCGUUCUGGUCCUCUUCAGGGUGACGACUGCUCUCACAUUGAAGGAGAGCAUGUUCUUGCGAUACAUAAAUCACCAUUUAAGAGCUACUUAUAUGAUGCUAAGGUGGAAAAGGUAACCAGAGUGAGACACUCUACAAGGGUCUAUUGCAGAUGCAGUUUUAUGAUUCUGUGGCUUCACCCAGACUUCAAAGGACAGAUGGUCACUAUCACAUCCAGUUCAAUCAUGAAACUAGCAAGCAAAAGCAUCAAUUCCCAUCCUACUGUUGCUGCAUUAUUCAAAUCAGUUAAGCAAAUGGGUUUAUAUACUGCACCUCUCCUUCCAAUCAUGCAUGAGGACAUUGAUGUUGAAUUCGACCUCAAUAAAUUAUUGGGAAAGCAAAUAGAAGAGAUCAACAUUUCAGCUAAUAGAGUUACAAAUGAAAUUACAGUAGACAUAAUAGAGGGGGUUAAAGCUGAUAGCAGUGGACAUGUUACUGAGUCCAAAAUAGGCACUUCAAAAGCUCAGGUUUCUCAUGACCAGGAUCAAUUGAAAUCUGUUGCUAACAGAUCUGGUAACCUGGAAGUAAACAAAGAAGAUGAGGACCCACAUCCCCCUUUCUUAUCCAAACAGGAAGAGCAUUCAGAACACAGGUGUCACAUUAGUCCUCUUGCUGCCCGUGCAGCUCUGGCCUCCCUAGUAUCACUUACUCACAAGCAUAUUGCUAUAAGUGGGACAGAACUUUUCAAGUCCAGUGACAGUACUGAUUUGUCUAUUAAGGUAUCUUCUGAUAGAACCGAAUCUCCAAAGAAUGGAAAUGCAAACUUGGGCUCAGGUGCUAGAACAACUCGCUCAAGAGGUCUUAAAGGUUUUGAAAAACAGAACAGUGAUUUGCAUGAUUCUGCUGAAGCCAUCAAGUUAAGGGCCGUAACAAAUCGAGGAUGGUUGACUCGUUCAGCAGUCAAAGAAGAAAAAGAUAUAUCAUCUGUGGCAAGUAAACAUGGGUCAGAAGAGAGCGAGUCUGCUCAGAGUACAGAAUCAUAUUCUUCUGAUGGAACUGACAUUGUUCAUGGAAACAAAGUAUUGACAAAGAAGAAUGGUAUAUCAAAGAAAGCAGUCUCUUCACCACUUCAUUCAGAGAGUAAUGGCCAUAAGGAAAAUCUGACAUCUGGUGAUCUUGGGGUCAUUCAAGAUGCAUAUGUUCAGACAAAGACUUGUGCUAAAGACACCAACUCAAGCGUUUCAACCAACUUGAGGAGGUUGACUCGUUCCAGGGUCUCUUGUCAAGACAAUUUGAUAGUUCCUGAAUGCCAUGCAGUAGAAAAGGAAAAUCGUGAAUCAAAAAAGAAGAAAGCUGGCUCUGCAUCAUCUCAGAAUUACAGUACGUCAGGUGAAGAUGGUAAUAGACAGCACAACUCUGGGGUUGUGAGAAACAGUCGACAAACUGAAGGAAAAAUGUCAGGCAGUGGUGACAAUAGUCAAGGCCGGAAGAGGAAGUCUAAUUCUUCGAGUAGGCAAGAGCAACAGUUUUCUCCACAGUUAAGGUUUCUCCCUCGGACUCGUUCACAGAACAAGUCGUAAGCUAUUCCUUCUUCAUCAGCAUUACAUACAAUAAAGAACAGGCAACUUUUUGGGGGACUGAUAAGAGGUAAAACUCUAUAUUUUGUGUUGCCUAUGUCUGAGUACGAGAUUAGGAAGCUAUUAGAAGGUAUGCUUUUUUAUUUUUUGAGGUAAGAAGGUAUACUUAUUUGUAUUUGAGAUGUUACCUACUUUAGGUGGAUGCAUGAGUGAACUUGGCACUAUUUCACUGAUGGAAUAGACAACGUGGUAGAAUAACAUUCGAGAUAGCAG